UGAACAUCCCCGGUAGUGCCGUGCUGCAGCCACGUGGUUAGUACCUGUCCCCAGUUCGGCUGUUGCUGCUGCGGCUGUUGAAGGUAGCGAGCUGACUCUCUUUCCCUCAGCUUUUCCUGCCUGCCCGGGUUAGGAGAGGGUACGGGUCCAUCCCUCACGGACCCAGCCUCCCACGGCUGCAGCGCCCACCCCUCCUUGUUCAUUUUCCGAGGGUCGCGUCCCCAGCAGCCGCCCCCACCAUGGCGCAACUCCAGGCCCGCUUCUUCACCGAAAACAAAAAAUAUGCAGUAGACAAUGUCCCCUUCUCUAUCCCUGCGGGCUCCGAAAUCUCCGAUCUUAGUAACAUUAUCAAUAAGUUAUUGGAAGCCAAAAAUGAAAUCCACAAGUAUGUGGAGUUUGAUUUCCUUAUUAAGGGUCAGUUCCUUCGAAUGCCCUUGAUUAAGCAUAUGGAGCAAGAGAACAUCUCAACAGAAGAAGUAGUGGAAAUUGAGUAUGUGGAGAAAUAUGUCGCGCCACAGCCUGAAGAAUGUAUAGUCCAUGAUGACUGGAUCAGUUCAAUUGAAGGAACAGUGGAAUGGAUCUUGACUGGCUCCUAUGACAAGACGUCUCGGAUCUGGUCUCCAGAAGGAAAGUCUCUCAUGACGAUUGUUGGACAUAGGGAAGUGGUGAAAGAUGUUGCCUGGGUAAAAAAAGACAGUUCAUUGUGUUUGCUUCUCACUGCCUCGAUGGAUCAGACCAUCCUCCUGUGGGAGUGGAAUGUGGAGAGGAACAAGGUGAAAGCCCUCCACUGCUGUCGGGGCCAUGCUGAGAGUGUGGAAUCUGUAGCUGUUAACAGCACGGGGACUAAAUUUUGCAGUGGCUCUUGGGAUAAGAUGUUAAAGAUCUGGUCUGCAGUCCCUACAAAUGAAGAAGAUGAAAUAGAAGAUUCCACAAACAAGCCUAAAAAGAAGCAGAGAACAGAGCAACUGGGAUUAACAAGGACUCCUAUCAUGACUUUGUCCGGCCAUAAUGAUGCAGUUUUCUCAGUGCUUUGGUCAGAUACUGAAGAAAUUUGCAGUGCAUCGUGGGACCAUACAAUUAGAGUGUGGGAUGUUGAAACUGGCAAUCUUAAGUCAACUUUGACUGGAAAUAAAGCAUUUAACUGUAUCUCCUAUUCCCCACUUUGUAAACGUUUAGCGUCUGGGAACUCUGAUAGACAUAUCAGGUUGUGGGAUCCCCGAACUAAAGAUGGUUCCUUGGUGUUAUUAUCCUUAACCUCUCAUAAUAACUGGGUGACAUCAGUGAAAUGGUCUCCCACACAUGAACAGCAGCUAAUUUCAGGUUCCCUGGAUAACAUAGUCAAGCUUUGGGAUACAAGAAGUUGCAAGGCCCCCCUCUAUGAUUUGGCUGCUCAUGAAGAUAAAGUUCUAUGUGUAGAUUGGACAGAAGCAGGGCUGCUGCUGAGUGGAGGAGCUGACAAUAAACUGUACUCUUACAAAUAUUCAGCUUCUGCUUCGGAUGCAUGAAAAUGGAUGGUGACAACAUCAGAUAUUACCUAUUAGCAUAUAAAACUUAUAGAAAAUCAUUGAUUAUAUGAGGUAGAUCUGAGGAUCAUUGUCUUCAUCAGCCGGCUUUUUACAAUAACCUCUAUAAUAUGUUUUUUGACUGUAAGAACAGUCAUGUUUCAUUGUGUUUAGAUUUUUUUUUUCAUUUUCCUUUGUAUUUAUAACAUGCAAAUCUAGGUAUUUAUAAAAAGUGAAAUGUGACCAGUUCUCUUCACUGUGUUCAUAACUUCUUAAAAUUAUGUUUUGUUCCUUCACAAAUAAUUUGGCUUUGAAUAAUAUAAAAAAGGACUAGAACAUUUAUAAUAAAUAUAA